AUGAAUUUUCAGUUGUUGUUUGCCUUCCCCUACAUUCGUCCACCCUUCCCCUACAUUCGCCCACCCUUCCCCUACAUUCGUCCAUCCCUCCCCUACAUUCGUCCACCCUUCCCCUACAUUCGCCCACCCUUCCCCUACAUUCGUCCAUCCCUCCCCUACAUUCGUCCACCCUUCCCCUACAUUCGCCCACCCUUCCCCUACAUUCGUCCAUCCCUCCCCUACAUUCGUCCACCCUUCCCCUACAUUCGCCCACCCUUCCCCUACAUUCGCCCACCCUUCCCCUACAUUCGCCCACCCUUCCCCUACAUUCGUCCACCUUUCCCCUACAUUCGUCCACCCCUCCCCUACAUUCGUCCAUCCCUCCCCUACAUUCGUCCACCCUUCCCCUACAUGUACAUUCGUCCACCCUUCCCCUACAUUCGUCCACCCCUCCCCUCCAUUCGUAAUUCCCUCCCCUACAUUCGUCCACCCUUCCCCUACAUUCGUCCACCCUUCCCCUACAUUCGCCCACCCUUCCCCUACAUUCGCCCACCCUUCCCUUACAUUCGUCCACCCUUCCCCUACAUUCGUCCACCCUUCCCCUACAUUCGUCCACCCCUCCCCUACAUUCGUCCAUCCCUCCCCUACAUUCGUCCACCCUUCCCCUACAUUCGUCCACCCCUCCCCUACAUUCGUCCAUCCCUCCCCUACAUUCGUCCACCCUUCCCCUACAUUCGCCCACCCUUCCCCUACAUUCGCCCACCCUUCCCCUACAUUCGCCCACCCUUCCCCUACAUUCGCCCACCCUUCCCCUACAUUCGUCCACCCUUCCCCUACAUUCGUCCACCCUUCCCCUACAUUCGUCCACCCCUCCCCUACAUUCGUCCAUCCCUCCCCUACAUUCGUCCACCCUUCCCCUACAUGUACAUUCGUCCACCCUUCCCCUACAUUCGUCCACCCCUCCCCUCCAUUCGUAAUUCCCUCCCCUACAUUCGUCCACCCCUCCCCUCCAUUCGUAAUUCCCUCCCCUACAUUCGUCCACCCUUCCCCUACAUUCGCCUACCCUUCCCCUACAUUCGCCCACCCUUCCCCUACAUUCGCCCACCCUUCCCCUACAUUCGUCCACCCUUCCCCUACAUUCGUCCACCCUUCCCCUACAUUCGUCCACCCCUCCCCUACAUUCGUCCAUCCCUCCCCUACAUUCGUCCACCCUUCCCCUACAUGUACAUUCGUCCACCCUUCCCCUACAUUCGUCCACCCCUCCCCUCCAUUCGUAAUUCCCUCCCCUACAUUCGUCCACCCUUCCCCUACAUUCGUCCACCGUUCCCCUACAUUCGUCCACCCCUCCCCUACAUUCGUCCACCCCUCCCCUACAUUCGUCCACCCUUCCCCUACAUUCGUCCACCCUUCCCCUACAUUCGUCCACCCCUCCCCUCCAUUCGUCGAGAACCUCUGACAUCCAUCGCCGCAUGCUUUGCCAUUUCUGUGGAUGGCGAAGUUGCAGUACUUGCAAUUGUACGCUUGCGCAGACCCUGUACAAUCUUGCUUACGUAA